GUCAAGCUCUGCUCUUCCUAUAUCAAAUUGAGCACCACUGCAGCGCCCUCAAAUAUCGCAUCAUGACGAACCCAGCCACCAACUCAUGGCACGGAGUCCCCGAGGUCAUCGCCCAGGGAACCCCAUGGGAAAUCGGACACGCCCACGGCAGCCAAAUCCCAAACCGGAUCGCGCAGUGCAUCAAGAACUACGAGCGCCUCUUCCACGAAACAGCCGAGACGGACUGGACCGAGUCAAAGGAACGCGCAGCUACAUACCUCCCAGCCCUGGAACACAACGAGCCGGAUCUCGUGGAUGAAAUGAGAGGGAUUGCCGCCGGGGCGGGUGUGGACUUCUUGGAUAUUCUAGCCCUGAACCUGCGCAGCGAGAUCUCGCUGACGAAUUAUUCGGACGGGUGUACUUCUAUCGCGGCUGCUGCUGCUUCUGGGGUAUAUCUAGGGCAGAACUGGGACUGGGUAGGCGAGGCUGCGUCGUCGACGGCAUUCUUUGAUAUAUCCAAGACCGGGAAACCUCGCAUUCGCAUGAUUGGGGAGGCAGGGAUCGUGGCAAAGUUUGGCUUUAACGAUGCAGGGGUUGGUGUGUGUAUGAAUGCGAUCAAGUGUGGGACUGUGGAUAAGACGCAGCUACCAGUGCACCUCGCGAUGCGGCGAGUUCUCGAAUGCGCAUCGCUUGACGAAGCGCUGGACAUGCUGGAAAAGAAGGGAGUGGCUUCUUGUGUUAAUUUGGUGAUUGCGGACAGGAGUGGGAAGAUUGCGACUGUCGAGUGUACUCCGCGGGGACUGGCACCUGUCUUUCCAGAUGGGAGCUCGUUCGUAUUCCAUACAAACCACUUUUGGUCGCCCGGAAUUCCUGCUGGGAUUAGGGACCAUCCGUCUAAGAACUCGUUUACCAGGCUUGAGCGCAUCAAGACACUAAGUCAAGGGGAGGUGGCUAGUGUGGCAAAGAUCAGGAGCUGGCUGUCCGAUGAAGAAGGCAAACCGGCGUCAAUCUGUCGGUAUACGCCGCCGGGGGCUCGAGGAAUCGAGAGGAUGGAGACUUUGCUGACAGUCAUUAUGGACAUGCAGAAACUACAGGCGGAGGUGUCUUUUGGGAAGCCUAGUCUAUCUCCUCCUGUGCGGACAUUGCAUUUCCUAUAACAUAGGGUUAGUAUGAUGUCCUAUUACGUGUUGAUUAUAAGCUUCUACCUUAUAUUUGUCGGGUAAGCUACAGACAGGAGGUUUAUAUCAAUGAUUAUAGUGACUGCCA